AGUUGCGUUUCAGCUGUCACUUCCCGAGCAACACCGUCAUCGUUACCGUCACAUCUCGAGAAACAAAGUUUAGAUUAAAAAAAAUAUAUAUUAAACAAAAAACAAACACGCGGAAUUCGAGUAAACCAGAAAAUACAAUAAAAACUAAAGCUUAAGCUCUCAAUUCAGAUAGAGAGAGAGAGAGAGAGAAAUUAUCUCCACAAGACAAGUGAUUGAGCGGUUUUUUUGUGUGUUUGGCAAACAAAAAUAAGGCAUUUUAUUUAUAAAUAAAAAACUGUUUGCAGUUAAAAAAUAAUAAGGAAUCUAUUCCAUUAUUUUUUAAGGAAAUUGUGUUACCCGGACUUGUGUAAUUUGUAUUAACAAAAAAUAUCUGCUGCAUAUUGUAAUCUAACAAUUCCAUAACGCAAUGCAAUCGACUGAAGCCGGUGGUGGUGGCGAACUAAGACAACAACAGCAUCAUCAUCAGCAGCAGCAUAAAUCAUCUUCCAAUUCAAAAGCUGGCCUCAACGAAACGACAACAUCCUUCACUACCAAUACACCGAACUCAACAGCACUCAACAACGACACACCGAGUAAGAAUCCCUUCAAACAACAUCUACAGAUACAGCAAUCACAACAGCAACAGCAGCAGCACCAUCAACAACAUCAUACUCAGCCGCAACAGCAACAGCAGCAGCAACAACAAUCUCAGAAUGGCACCAACUCCUCGGACACACUCAAUGGAGCCGAACGUGGCAGCAACUAUGGCGGAAUAUUGGGGGUGGGAGCAACAACGCCUUCAGAUCCAACGGCGGCUAAUGCGAAAAUGACCUCACCUUCUGGUGGAGAGGGAGGAAGGCCUGGGGGCGGUGGUGCAGGACCACCUAUACCACCGCCAGAUCAUUAUCGACAAGAAAAUUAUCGAGCUGCCGGGUCCUGGGCCGCCUUUAAGAAUUGGCUAAUCGGAUGGCGUGGUUCCAGUCGCUUGGUGCUAAUCAUUGUUGCCAUUGCCCUGCUGCUGGACAAUAUGUUGCUGACAACCGUGGUUCCUAUUAUACCUGAGUUCCUGUACGACAUACGCCAUCCAGACGCUCCUUUGGACAGCUUUCCUCGCACUCCGCUAAGUAUUUAUGUGCCACCCACACCGACGCCAGGACCAUGCAGCAAGGAUGGCGACGACCAAGUCCUUGAGAUCUCAACAUUAAGUCCAGAGGAAAAUGAAACUCUAUAUCGUGGCCUGGAAGAGAGACACAAUGAAUUGGUGGGCGAAACAGUGGAAGUGGGUUUGCUGUUUGCCUCCAAGGCCUUUGUGCAGCUGUUGGUUAAUCCAAUUGUGGGGCCUCUGACUCAUAGAAUUGGUUAUAGCAUACCCAUGUUUGCUGGUUUUGUCAUUAUGUUUGUAUCGACCUUAAUCUUUGCCUUUGGCCGUUCCUAUUUGGUUCUCUUUAUAGCUCGCGCUCUUCAAGGCAUUGGAUCUUCUUGCAGUUCUGUUUCCGGCAUGGGCAUGUUGGCCGAUCGUUUCACCGAUGACAAAGAACGUGGCAAUGCCAUGGGUGUUGCCUUGGGCGGUUUAGCUUUGGGGGUCCUCAUUGGUCCUCCCUUUGGUGGCAUUAUGUAUGAAUUUGUUGGCAAAUCUGCUCCUUUCUUGGUUUUAUCUGUCUUGGCUUUGGGCGAUGGUUUGCUGCAGUUGUUUAUGUUGCAACCUUCCAUUGAGAAGGCGGAAACGGAACCUCCCACCCUGAAGGCUUUGAUAUCGGAUCCAUACAUUUUAAUAGCAGCGGGCUCCAUUACCUUUGCCAAUAUGGGCAUUGCCAUGUUGGAACCCUCUUUGCCCCUCUGGAUGUUGGACAACAUGGGCUCAAGUCGCUGGGAACAAGGUGUUGCAUUUUUACCUGCAUCCAUCAGUUACUUAAUUGGCACCAAUCUAUUUGGCCCUUUGGGUCAUAAGAUUGGUAGAUGGUUUGCUGCCUGUUUGGGUUUGAUCAUCAUUGGUGGUUGUUUGAUAAUGAUUCCCAUGGCUACCUCCAUAACUCAUCUGAUUAUACCCAAUGCCGGUUUGGGCUUUGCCAUUGGCAUGGUGGACUCUUCGAUGAUGCCUGAAUUGGGUUAUUUGGUGGAUAUUCGCCAUUCAGCGGUCUAUGGCAGCGUUUAUGCUUUGGGUGAUGUGGCCUUCUGUUUGGGUUUUGCUGUGGGUCCUGCCCUUAGCGGUACCCUGGUCAAGACCAUCGGUUUCGAAUGGAUGUUGUUUGGCAUUGCGAUUUUAUGCUUCCUGUAUGCCCCAUUGCUGACACUGCUCAAGAAUCCACCCACACGUGAAGAGAAGAAGGUGGGUGUUGAAGAGGUGGUAACCACUGUACAAGCUAAUAGUCCUGCCAUUAUGAAUGAGGGUGUAACCAAUACAGCUUUCAUUGAAAGUGAAAGACUGUGAUAACUGAGGAUUUUAUUUGAAGUUUGAGUUAUUUUUUAAGUUUUUUUUUUUUAAAGCAAGUAUUUUUAAGCUUUAAGUAAAUGAUAUAAUAUUUUGUAUUAUUUUUUUUCAGUUUUUUCUUAAGUUUUUAUAGAAAGCUAAGCUUUUAAUCUUUAUUUGAUGUAUGAAUUUUUUGUUUUGAAAAUAAAUGCUUUUAAAAUAUGUU